AUGACUACCACUACUUUUGAUCCCAAUGAUGUUACUGUUGUGUUUGUUCUCGGUGGGCCCGGUGCUGGAAAGGGUACUCAAUGUGAGAACAUCAAGCGUGAUUAUGAUUUCGUGCAUCUCUCUGCUGGUGAUUUGUUGCGUGAGGAACAAAAGCGUGAAGGAUCCAAGUAUGGUGAGCUCAUUCAAAACUACAUUCGCGAUGGCUUGAUCGUCCCUAUGGAGGUUACUAUCGCUUUGCUCGAGAAUGCCAUGAAGGAAUCCAUCGAGAAAGACAACAAGACUCGUUUCUUGAUUGAUGGUUUCCCUCGCAAGAUGGAUCAAGCCGACAAAUUUGAGGAAACUGUAGUCGAAUCCAAGUUCGUCUUGUAUUUUACAUGCUCAGAGGAAACUCUCUUGGAACGUUUGCUUAAGCGUGGACAGACAUCUGGUAGAGUAGAUGAUAACAUUGAAUCUAUCAAGAAGAGAUUCCGUGUAUUCAAGGAAACCAGUUUCCCUGUCAUUGAGGCUUUUGAAAAGAAGAAUAAAGUUCGUCAGAUCAACUCUGAGCAAACUGUGAAAGAAGUCUACAACGAAGUCAAAAAGGUCUUUGAUGAAGCUCUCUAG